AUGGACGCAGGUGUUAUGCAGGACAUUGACGUUUAUCCUGCUGGUAACGACAAGACUUUCGAGACAUUCUUCGAUCAAUCAACAGAUUACUCACAGCAACUCUCCUCUAUUAGUUUCUGGGACGAACUAGAUAGGUCUGCCGAAUCAAGUGUUGUGAACUCAGUCCCAACCUCAGGCUCGCGCCAGACCCCUAGUACUGCCGCCGACUCACCGGCCUCAACUGCUUCGCAGAACAUCUCUAACCCCUCCCACAAGCACAGGCUCACAGGACAGGAGCUACCUAAGAAGCGCCAGUGCUCUGAUAUUAGAAGGUCUAGAUUCACUGAGGACCCUUCUACUCUAGACUGUUCUGACUAUUGGCUUCGCUUCGACAGCGACAACGAGAGUGAUCAGAUUUUCGCUGAGGGCAAACCUUCAAGAUCCCCAGUUUUAGCUCAACCUCACCCAAGGUCGAGGGUUGUCGGGAGACCCGGCAACAGUUUCAAAGUGGCUUAUCCGCCCUCGUCAACUGCUGACCUGGUCGACGAUAGCGCUCUUGAUCACGCGCUGUCGGACGAAGACGACCUCUUCUCCAUGGCCUUAGCUGAUCAACUCAGCAAGACGGACUCUGCACCUAUCCCCUCAGACAUUCCACCUCGUGAGAGACUCUACUCCACGCCUCUUAGCUGGGAGCAGCCGCAACCUGGUUUUCGAAUGGACUACGUGAACGUGAACCCUCCGUUCAACGACCCCGAGCGCCAGAGACUUCUCGCCAUUGCUAUGGGAACAGGCCAAGCUCCCCAACCACAAAUUACCACAAGACAACCCGCCGGAAUGGAUUUCCGAUUCGAAAUCAACCAAAGUCCGACGACGAUGAGUGAUAGCAAGAGCAACACACCCGAACCCCGGACUAAGCCAGCAAUGACGAGACCUCAAGCACCGUCACGCACUAAUUCGAUAGAUGCUACGGUGGAAAAGGCUAAGGAGAAGCCAAGAAAUAGUGACAGAGCUGCACACAACGAUAUUGAGAGAAAAUAUCGUACCAACCUAAAGGACAAGAUCGCGGAACUACGAGAUGCUAUUCCAUCUCUACGUGCGAUACCCGAAGACGGUGACGACAACGAUAAUCCCACCGCAUCACGAACAGCUCCAAAAGUCAGCAAGGGCACUGUUCUUACCAAGGCGACUGAAUAUAUUCAUCAACUUGAGCGAAGGAAUCGGUCGAUGGCACAAAAGAAUGAGGAACUUGCCCGCCGAUUACAUGCCUUCGAACAGCUGGUUGGCGCCGCACCCGCACCAAAUUGGGCACCUCAAGGAUACGGCGCUUCUGUCUUCAACCCCCGAGCCUUUUCUUAG